AUGACCGACUACGUGGUCGUGACCAUGGCGCCGCUGAGCGCCGACGACGCUGUCCGGCGCGUCGAGCAUGCGAGCGCAGGCGCGAUCUCGACCUUCAUUGGCACGACCCGCGACUCGUUCAACGGCAAGGUCGUCGAGUACCUCGAGUACGAAGGGUAUGUGCCGAUGGCCGAGAAGGAGCUCUUGGCGAUUUGCGCGUCGAUCCGGCGGCAGUGGCCUGGCGUCGUGGGCGUCGCGAUGGCGCACCGCUUGGGCGUCGUGGCG